AGUUCGAACUAAAAUUCUGGCCAAAGCCCCUUUUUUAAUUCCAGAUCUGGAUUCAAAUAGAUUAUAGUCCAACCCCCGGACCUAGAAAGAAGAAGAAAAGUGGCGGAAAAAGUACGUCUUUACUCUACCGAAAACUUUUUGGCCUCUCUCUUGUGUAAAAGCUCCAUUACUUUCCGAUCAUUAAUUUCCAGAGCUUAGCCAAAUUUAAGCUCCCGUCGAUAAAGAUGGAGGGGGAAAAACGGAAGAAGGAAGCUCCUUUUGUAAAAGGUCAUUAAGAUAAUGCCUAUAAUGACAUGCUUACAUUACUGGAUUUGGAAUAAACUUGGUGGUAAGAAAGACUUUUUCUUUGCCUCAGCGGAAAUGGGUAGAUGGGCAUUUUGUGUUCUGAUCCUGCUGUGGAUUUUGUUUCCAUUGGCAAACUCAUCAGUGGAUGGGCUCGAUAAGGUGAGGGGGGUGAACUUAGGGGGCUGGCUGGUGGUGGAGGGGUGGAUCAAGCCCUCCCUGUUCGACGGAAUUCCCAACAGAGACAUGCUUGAUGGGACCCAGGUGCAAUUCAAGUCGGUGACGCUGCAGAAGUAUGUGAGCGUGGACGGUGGAGGCGGCAUGAAUGUGACGGUGGACAGAGAUGUUGCGUCUUCUUGGGAGACCUUCAGGUUAUGGCGAGUUUCCGAUAGAGAAUUUCAGUUCCGAUGCUUUGGAGGUCAAUUUUUGACAAGUAGUGAGGGGGAUCCGAUAUCAGCAACGGUAACUUCACCAGCGUUGAAUGAAACAUUUUAUAUUGAAAGAAAUGAUACUAGGGUUCACAUCAAACUUUUGGGUGGAAACUAUGUGCAGGCAACAAUGAAUAAUCAGCUCACUGCAAAUUAUCGAGGGGUGCCUGGGUGGGAUGAUAAUGCAGCAACAUUUGAAAUGACAAUUGCUGCCAAUAAUUUGCUUGGGGAUUACCAGCUUGCUAAUGGGUAUGGACAUGAUAAAGCCAAGGAGGUCCUGAUGAAACAUCAAAGAAGCUUUAUCACAGCAGGAGAUUUUGCUUUCCUGUCCCGGAAUGGUAUAAAUACUGUGAGAAUUCCUGUUGGAUGGUGGAUAGCACAAGAUCCAUAUCCACCAGCUCCUUUUAUUGGAGGAUCCUUGGUAGCUCUGGACGGAGCAUUUUCCUGGGCACAGGUCUAUAAUUUGAAGUGUAUCAUUGAUCUCCAUGCUGCGCCUGGCUCCCAAAAUGGAAUGGAACAUAGUGCUAGUAGAGAUGGUUCAGUAGGCUGGCCAUCACCAGAUUACAUCUCACAAACUCUGGAUGUUAUUGACUUUUUGUCUGCAAGGUAUGCAAACCAUCCUGCUCUUUUAGGGAUUGAGCUUUUGAAUGAGCCUUCUGCCGCUUCGGUUCCCUUGGAUGUUUUAGUUAGUUAUUACAUGAGAGGCUACCAAAUUGUUCGGAACUAUUCAUCCGAAGCAUAUGUGAUAAUCUGCCAGAGAAUAGGAAAUGCAGACCCAAUGGAGCUUUAUCAGGCGAACAUUGGUGAUUCAAACAUUGUUGUGGAUUUACACUAUUACAAUCUAUUUGACCCAUAUUUUGAUAACAUGAAUGCCAUGGAAAAUAUUCAGUUUAUAUACGAGAGCAGAGUGCCACAGUUGCAGUCUCUGGACAGUGCAAAUGGACCUCUUGUCUACAUUGGAGAGUGGGUGAAUGAAUGGAGUGUGACAAAUGCCUCUCAGAUACAAUACCAAAUGUAUGGAAGUGCUCAGUUACAGGCUUAUGAUGCUGCCUCUUUUGGUUGGUCCUAUUGGACACUGAAGAAUGAUAGGAUUCAUUGGGAUUUUGAGUGGAAUAUCAAGAACAAAUAUCUACUGCUUGGCAGUGGAUAUUGGAUUCUGGAAUAUGUGAUAAGAAAGUGGAUCACAGCCACUUCUAAACAAUGUUUUGGCAAUGAUCCCUCUGUUGAAGCACCCAAGGUCUGGGAGUCCAACGAGAGGCCCAAAUGACAGACUUAAUAUGCAUGAGGGGAUCUGGCAGUGUUGAGAUGACAUCAAAUCCAAUUAGCACAAUUCAGUCUCAUUAUGCACAUUCUUGUCAUGGAGAUGGUGAUCUAAAAUGGAUCACUUCAUGAAUUUCAAGACAUUCCAGGAGACGAAAUGGUGGCUACUAACUACUAACUAAUGGUCAGCAGCGGUAACUGGCUUCUGACAGCAAGAUGACAUCAAAGACCAGUGUUCCUAGCUAAUUAUCAGAGUAAUCACUGGAAAAUCAUGGAGCCAACUCAGAUGUUAAAGGUUCACCAAUUCUUGGAUACAGAAUUGAGCCAUUAGGUGUUCAUACUGGACUUUCAGAAAUCAAAAUUUUCCAUUUCACUUAAAAGACCCGUCAUGUAUAUAAGUAGAGCAAGAUAUUUGGUUCUGUAUUUCACUCAGUAAUGAUAAAAAAGGUAGGAAUUCUAUUGUUGGGA